AUGGCUGACAACAACGCCCCUGAUCUAUCCAUUGUGGGUGAUCGCCUAACACUACAUCCACCAGGCGUCAUCCAGGACCAAGAAACGCCUCUCCUAACUUCAUAUGCUCGUUUUCGCUCAGCCCCCUUGGACUUUUUGCGAGAAGUCAGCUUGCAUCUUUCUGGCUCUGGUUGGCGCUCUUACAAUGACUUCAUCGGGCGAAACAUCUUCUACAAUGGCUUCAGCGAUCAUAUUAAGGCUUUGGUCCUGAAGAAUCCCCGACUACAAUCUAGGAUCUCGGAAUUGGCACACAAAAGACUUGAUGUCGAGAUUGCUGAGGGUACUCUUCCGACCGACAAGGUUGAAGAACGACGUAAUGAAAUGGAAGCUCAAUUGAUCCAAGUUGCCGAUUCCUGGACCGAUCAAAUGAUCUGCAAGAUGGACAGUAGGAGGUUCAUCCGCGGUGCAUACUACUUUGCAACACAACUUCUCACCAGAGCCUACCAUCAGGGUAUCCACGUCUCUAGCGAGGAAGUUCUGCGCCUUCGCAAUGUUGCUCAAGAAGCAGAGAGAAAGAAACAAUCUAUCAUUUUCUUACCAUGCCAUCGCUCACACGUAGACUACGUCUCAUUACAGGUCAUCUGUUAUCGUCUUGGUCUUGCCUUGCCUAUCGUAGUGGCUGGAGAUAACCUCAACUUUCCCGUAGUUGGGCCUUUUUUACAACAUGCUGGUGCAAUGUGGAUCCGUCGUAGUUUUGGUGACGAUGCAUUGUACACAACUCUUGUUCAAGCAUAUCUGGACACGUUGUUACAGGAAGGUCACAAUUUUGAAUGCUUUGUUGAGGGCGGCCGUUCACGCACAGGGAAGCUCUUGCAGCCAAAGUUUGGUAUCUUGAGUUUCCUACUCGAAAGUGUGCUAUCUGGCCAGGUCGAAGACGCUGUGAUUUGCCCCGUGAGCACACAGUAUGACAAGGUCAUCGAAGUCGACUCCUACAUUUCAGAACUGUUGGGUCAACCAAAGCCCAAGGAAUCUUUGGGCAACUUUCUGUCCUCCUCAUCUGUCCUAUCUCUCAAGCUUGGCCGUGUUGAUGUCCGUUUCCAUGAGCCUUGGAGUCUGCGUGACUUUAUCAAUGAAGAAAAAUCUAGGCUCACAACGUUGCCACCCCGCAUCAAUAUUCCGGAGGAUGUUGCUCUGAAGCGUCGCCUUUUGACUACCCUCGGCUAUAAAGUCCUCUCAGACAUCAAUGCAGUCUCUGUCGUCAUGCCUACUGCUCUAGUCGGAACCGUCCUUCUCACUCUUCGUGGACGUGGAGCUGGAAAAUCAGAACUCGUACGCCGAGUCGAUUGGUUGACGGAAAGAGUCAAGAAGCAAGGUGGUCGCAUAGCCCACUUCUCUGGUCUUCCGACAACUGUCGUUGUAGAGCGUGCUCUGGAAGUGCUAGGACCAAACUUGGUUGGAGAGUAUAAAAACUUGCCCGAAAAGACUUACUAUGCUGCAGAUCGAUUCCAGCUCAGUUUCUAUCGUAACAUGACCAUUCAUCUUUUUGUGUCAGAAGCACUGGUUAGUGCUGCGUUGUACACGAAGGUCAAGCUGGGUGGUGGUCCGGAGAAUCAGAGCAUCUCAUACCAUGAUCUGUAUGAUUAUGUAUACUUCCUCUCACAACUCUUCCGUGGCGAAUUCAUCUUCCCAACUACACCUCUAGCAGAAAACCUCACCAACACCUUGACCAGCCUCGAAUCCGACAACAUCAUCUCCAUAACCCGAUCCUCAAACGACGGCACCACAAUCGACUCAAUCUCCCUUGACGAAUCCGAGCGCCUUUCCGGUCGCGAAAACUACGAUUUCUACUGCUUCUUAAUCUGGCCAUUCAUAGAGGCUAGCUGGCUAGGGGCUAUCAGUCUCUUGAUGCUUACACCCCCGUCAUCCAAUACCUCUCAGCAGACUUCUCUACCUUUGAAUGCUGUGGUCACUCAAGCACAAAAACUAGGCAAGACGUUGUAUGCACAAGGCGAUAUCUCCUACCUGGAAGCCGUAAACCGCGAAACUCUUCGAAACGCCUAUACUCGAUUCGCCGAAAGCGGAAUCAUUUCCAUUACACCACCAUCUAAGGAUGGCAAGAUCCCAGCUACUGUGCAUUUGACGUCCGAAUGGUUACCUGAGAGAAAUGCGGAGGGAAAAAUCAAAGCACAAGGAAAGCUUUGGGAGUAUUGUGAGAGUAUUAGUAAAGGUAGAAGAGAAGGUAAGAAUAGACGUGAUGGAAAUACAGUUGUGAGGAGGAUUUUUGGGUUGGUAGAACUGGUUGGCGAGGGCCUGUGGAGGGAUGCUGGGGUUGAUACUGUGGAGAUGCCUGGUAAAAAGGAUGCAGAGUGGAAGGCGAAGAGGAGGGAGAUUAGACCCUCACCGAAACUUUGA